UAGCUAGAUGUCGAAUAAGUAUAACUUACUGUACGACUCUAACACCCUGUAUUUCGAGUAUAUCUUACCCUAAAUCUUACCAUUUGGCAACUCUGCUAGUGCGAGCGAUCAAUGUUUAUAUACAGAACUCAGCACCGCCUGAAGAAACAAACAGAAAGACAUAUGGCAGAGGAUUCAAUACAAACAAUUUAUUUCGGUUCAGUCUAGCAACAUACGGCACAAAAUAAGAUAAAAAAUUAAGAUAAAAUGAACCAGUUCCGUACUUCGUUCCCCGCUGUUAAUCGGGAACUGUUGAACUGGUUUCCCGGCCACAUGGGCAAAGGAUUGAAACAGAUGCAGCAGAAACUUAAACAGGUGGAUUGCGUGAUUGAAGUGCAUGAUGCACGUAUACCACUUUCUGGACGCAAUUCUGAGUUCCGAUACACCGUAAGUGGCGUUAAGCCACACAUUCUUGUGCUGAACAAAAAAGACCUGAUCGAGAAGCGGUUGCAGAGUAAGAUAGUAGAACGAUUCCAGCAGAGAAAUGACGACACAAAACAUGUGCUCUUUACUAACUGCAAAAAUCAAUCGUGCGAUGGAAUCAGAAACGUUAUGCCUUUGGCGCAGGAUUUGAUUCUAAACACAAACCGCUUCAAUCGAGUGGAUCAGAAAGAGUUUUGCAUUAUGAUUAUAGGAGUUCCUAAUGUUGGUAAAUCCUCUUUGAUUAACGUUUUGAGGAACCGUCACCUUAGCAGGAAGGCAGCAUCACAGGUGGGAGCAAUUGCCGGUAUCACAAGGAGCGUUCUGAACAAGAUAAAAAUUUGCGAAGAACCUUUGGUUUAUCUGUUGGACACACCGGGCAUCUUGAAACCGAACAUUGCGGACACUGAAACGGGUCUACGGCUGGCACUGGUUUCCUGUUUACAGGAUCAUCUGGUCGGUGAGGAGCUUAUUGCCGACUAUCUGCUCUAUUUGAUGAACAAAAGGGAAAACUUCAAAUAUGUGGAAACGAUGGGUCUGAAAGAACCAACCGAUUCGAUAGCUGAAGUGCUUAUUGCUGGCGCACAGCAUCUCAAUAGAACUAUUCGAGUUCGUCACUACGAUGGUUCAAUCGUGAUACGACCAGAUGUUAUCCUAGCAGCCCGACAUAUGAUAAAGUCAUUUCGAACCGGUGAGUUCGGAAAAAUACUUAUCGACGAAGAUAAAACUCGAUAACAAAAACUAUGUGGUAUAAUUUAGUAAAAGUUUAUUAGCGUUAUGAUA